AAAUCUCGAGCUGUCAGGUUGGCCCUGCCAGAGCUGACUUAUUGACAUCUCUGAUUGGAUGCCUUCUUCCUUUAUGCAUAUAACCCCUCCCAUUCGUGAGAGAUGCUUUGCAGAGAGCAAUGCAGUAGUUAGUCGUGAGUCCGCCAGCUCUCAAGUUACGCACACGAAGUUAAGCGCAACAGCGACUUGAUGCCACAUUUUCGGUGAAGUAGGAAAAAGGAUAUUGGAAGAAGAGUUUCGGUCUUUAUUAGAGAUCAGAUAAAACAAUUAUCAAGACGGACGCAAGGACCAAACUGCAACCCUGGCGGCAGUGAAGUACAAGAACGGAUUUUUGGCAUUCCUUUAAAAAACAGGUAUACACUAUGAGGUGCAGCCAUGUCAGGCAACGGUAAGACUGCCGCGAAGACGCUGGAGGAUUUAACGUUAGAUUCCGGUUAUGGUGGAGCCGCGGACUCCUUCAGGUCGUCCAGCGUGUCUCUGUGCUGCUCGGACACGCAUCUCUCGUACGCGCAUGGGGGCAACUGCUGGCAUCUAACCGAGUCCAUGCAUAGCAGACAUAACAGUUUGGACACAGUAAACACAGUCCUGGCGGAAGACACAGAAAUCCUGGAGUGCUCUGGCCAGUGCGCGAAAUUGCCCGAGCUGGAGGACGUGCCAUGGAACCUCGGAGAUGUGGAGAGCGCGCUCAGAAAGGAGGAAGAACUGCGAGUAGGGUGCCCAACGAGGGAGAUCCUGGCCAAGCUUUCAGCUCUGGUGAGCCGCGCACUGGUGAGAAUCGCCCGGGAGGCGCAACGCCUGAGCUUACGCUAUGCUAAAUGCACCAAGCAUGAAAUUCAGAGCGCAAUUAAGGUGGUCCUCUCAUGGACAAUUUCUGUCAAUUGUAUUACUGCAGCGCUUAGUGCCCUGUCGCUGUAUAAUAUGAGCACUGGUGACAAGUUCAGCCGGGGCAAGUCAGCGCGCUGUGGACUGGUCUUUUCAGUUGGGAAGUUCUUCAAGUGGAUGGUCGACAGCCGGGUGGCCUUGCGGGUCCAUGAGCAUGCGGCUAUAUACCUUACUGCGUGCAUGGAAAGUCUCUUCAGAGAAGUGUUCAGCCGUGUUCAACGCAGUGCAUUGAUCGAGAAGGACAACGGAAUCCCUAAGUUUACCUUGGAGUCUUUGGAGCAGGCUAUCAACAACGACUCGGAAUUAUGGGGUCUUCUGCAGCCAUACCAGCAUCUCAUUUGUGGAAAGAAUGCGAACGGUGUGCUGAGCCUUCCGGACAGCCUGAACCUGCACCGGGACCAGCAGCAGCGCGCGGGGAAGAGUGGCGAGGGCGGCGCGUACAGCCAGGCGGAGCUGCGCACCAUCGAGCAGUCCCUGCUGGCCACGCGCGUGGGGAGCAUCGCUGAGCUCAGUGACCUGGUGUCACGCGCCAUGCACUACCUCCAGCCGCUGCACAUCAAGAACCCCAGUAACGGCACGCCGGUGCACCAGAGUCGCGCCGCCGCUGCCGCCGCCGGCUCGGUCCACUGGGAGCCCGAGGCCCUCUACACGCUCUGCUACUUCAUGCACUGCCCACAGAUGGAGUGGGAGAACCCCAACGUGGAGCCCUCCAAGGUCACCCUGCACACGGAGAGGCCGUUCUUGGUAUUGCCGCCUCUAAUGGAGUGGAUCCGGGUGGCGGUGGGCCACACUGAGCACCGCAGGAGUUUCUCCGUGGACAGUGACGACGUGCGGCAAGCAGGCCGUCUCCUGCUGCCCGGGGUGGACUGUGAACCCCGGCAACUAAAAGCUGACGACUGCUUCUGUGCGACCAGGAAGCUAGACGCCACUUCCACGGAGGCUAAGUUCCUGCAGGAUCUAGGGUUCCGAAUGCUCAACUGUGGCAGGACGGACCUGGUCAAGCAGGCCGUCAACCUGCUGGGGCCAGACGGUAUCAACAGUAUGAGUGAGCAGGGGAUGACCCCGCUCAUGUAUGCGUGUGUGCGCGGGGACGAGGCCAUGGUGCAAAUGUUACUGGACGCCGGAGCCGACAUCAACAGCCAGGUGCCCAGCACAGUACACAAGCACCCCUCAGUUUACCCCGAAACCAGGCAGGGGACACCACUCACAUUCGCUGUGUUACAUGGACACGUCCCUGUCGUGCAGCUGCUGCUGGACGCGCGGGCGAGCGUGGAGGGGGCCUUGCAGGACGGCGCGGAGAACUACGCCGAGACCCCGCUGCAGCUGGCCUCCGCCGCAGGAAAUUUUGAGCUGGUGAGCUUGCUGCUGGAGAGAGGAGCAGACCCGUUCAUCGGCACCAUGUACCGCAACGGGAUCACCUCUGCCCCUCUGGGGGACAUGAACUCGUACAGUCUAGCCGCCGCACAUGGACACAGGAAUGUAUUCCGGAAGCUUUUGUCGCAGGCCGACAAGGACAAGGGCGACGUGCUGUCACUGGAGGAGAUCUUGGCUGAGGGCUCGGAGGCAGGCCAGAGCCAGGGCCAGAGCCAGAACCAGACCCUGAGCCAGAACCAGACCCUGAGCCAGACCCAGAGCCAGACCCUGAAGCGGGCGACCCAGCAGGAGGGCGCCGCCACGCGGAUCGGGAAAGCCAAGCUGCGGGCUCUGCGGGAGGCCAUGUACCACAGCGCAGAACACAGCCAUGUGGACAUCACCAUCGACAUCCGCAGCCUGGGUGUACCGUGGACGCUGCACACCUGGCUGGAGACGCUGCGCACCUGCUUCCAGCAGCACCGGCGGCCGCUGAUCCAGGGCCUGCUGAAGGACUUCAGCUGCAUCCAGGAGGACGAGUACACCGAGGAGCUCAUCACCCACGGCCUGCCGCUCAUGUUCGAGAUCCUCCGAGCCAGCAAGCAGAACGAGGUGAUCAGCCAGCAGCUGUCUGUGAUCUUCACCCAGUGCUAUGGGCCAUUCCCAAUCCCCAAACUGAUAGAGCUCAAGAGAAAGCAGACGUCACGCCUUGAUCCUCAUUUUCUCAACAACAAAGAGAUGUCAGAUGUGACUUUCCUGGUGGAAGGGAAGCCAUUUUAUGCCCACAAAGUGCUACUCUUCACUGCUUCAGUCCGAUUUAAGUCUCUGCUUGCCAACCGGCCUGCCUCAGAGAACACCUGCAUUGAAAUUAGUCACGUCAAGUACAAUAUAUUUCAGUUGGUGAUGCAGUACCUGUACUGUGGAGGAACUGAGUCUCUGCACAUCAGGAACACGGAGAUCAUGGAGCUCCUGUCUGCAGCCAAGUUCUUCCAACUGGAGGCCCUCCAACGUCACUGUGAGAUCAUCUGUUCAAAGAACAUAACAAUAGAGACAUGUGUGGAUAUAUACAAACAUGCCAAGUUUCUGGGUGCGAACGAGCUAGCCGCAUUCAUUGAGGGCUACUUUUUGAAGAACAUGGUGCUCCUGAUUGAGCUGGAGGGCUUCAAACAGCUGCUGUACGACGCGCCCGCCGACAGCCCCGGCUCAGGCCCCGCGUACGACAUGCUCCACGAGCUGGAGAAGACCCUCGCAGCCCGCAUCCACUCCAUACACCUCUCAUCCUCCAAGGGCUCGGUUGUGUGAAGCUCGCCACACGGUAGCAGCGGUAACGCCUUCACUGAAUGAUCCCACUUGCAAAACCACUCCCAGCCCCCAGGGGGCCCCCUUGAAGGGCUACCACUGUGUGACAUUCCGACAACAUCCCCACUACGCCGUGGUGACAUAUGCCUGUUCCACGUACAUGGAAGCAGAGGAACUCGCCUUAGACAGAGAGAAACAUGCGUCUCUACCAGCUCUUAUCUCCAAAAGCACUGUUGUAGGGCUAUAUAUGAGUUACACUAGUUUUAUAUCAUUAGCAGUUUACGCAUUGUGGAGUUUCACAUGUUAUGAACAUUACAUGUAACUUUGGUUCCAGUGAUCCGAGAUUAUAGUGGACUAAUUCUAGAUGAAAUAUGACUUUUAUUGCAGUUUUCGAUCUCGUUACUAGUUACUUGCAGCAUGACAGGCAAGGUAUGUUACAACAAAAUGAAAAGAAAAAAAACAUGGUCACUGGAUCUACAUGAACUUAAGUUGUCAUAAAACCAGUUUUAUCAAAGUCAAGGUAUUUAAAAUAUAUAUUAGUAUUUCGUAUAUCUAUUUAAAACACCCACAGAAGGCACGGUGGGGAUGGAUAGAUAUAGUCAUUUUUUACCCAAUUGUACUAGUCCACAAACUUAUCUGAUUUCUUCGUGGUUCACAAGCUUGUCAUGCAGUACGUAUCAUUCAUUUAAGUUCUUGCCAAGCGUUACUGGAUCCAGACACCUGUGUUAUUGGUAGUUCAUCCAUUCUUUAAUGUUAGCCUAGUUGGAAAUCGGUCAAUGAUGUCAAUAACUUGCAUGGAAAACACAACAACACUGCGUUGACUGCUCUCUCUCUCUCUCUCUCUCUUAUUACAAACACUGUCUGUACACUGAAAACUGUGACCUUGGAUUUGACCUCUCAGUUGGUGGAGCUCAGUAUAUUGAGACAGGACAGCAAAUGGGACAAGGACUUGUGUAGCCAUGCAUCCAGCAGCCUAAUUGCAAGCGCUUGGACAUUCUCUGCUCCUCUCUUCUCUUCUAGCCUGCUGCUUCCAGUGGAUAUGGUGCCAGCAAAUUAAACUUUUAAAUGUCGUUCCAAUCGUGCGGUUCUGUCCCUGCAGGUGCAUGUCAGGCUCCCUUUAAUUUCUUUAUUUUGUCUCUUUGUGUGUGUUUUAAGCUUAGUCUCUGUCUCAUGUUAAAGGAGCAGUUCACUCCAAAAGGAAUGUUUAGUCCCUCACCCUUUUUUUAUUUCAAUGCCAAUAGCAAAUAAGGUGGUGAUGAUUUUCAAAGGCUAGAAAGGACACAAAAAGCAACCAUUUAGAGAGGGGGGAAAAACAACACUAUAGUUUUUACCAGCACAGGGGUGAGUAGUUGAUAGAACUUUUCAUUUUGAGGUGGACUAUCUCUUUAUAUGUAGCAUUGCUAGCAUGGGUUUGUGUCGGAAGGAAAGUAAGGCAAAGCAGAAGUAAAUAUGUUGUUCUCCACUUCUACUGUAUCUUCUACUCAUCAACCAGACACCACCCUGUCCCAGUGGAUUACCAUGUAGAUACUUGUACGAUAACACUGUUGAUUCUUCAUAGAACAUUUUGCCUAUUGUUGUCUUAUCCAGUGCAACCCUAAAUGUAACAGAUUUAAAUAUAUGUUUCUGUGAAAAUUAAUUUGAAAUGACAUAAAAUACAUUUUAGUUCAUAUAUUAAAUUGAACUAUAAAGAAUAGAAUAAGUUCUUGGAGUGCUGUUCUAUUGGACAGGUUUGUGCGGUACAAUUGUUUAAUGUGCAAACCAAACUUGGCAGGCAAACAAUAACCGGUAGUUGACUACAUCCUUAAGGUGUGAUCAUCAUGAUAGAAAACUGUGAAACUAUUUUAUUUUUUAGCAUUCACAAUAUUACUUUAUUUUUUUACAAUAUUCACCUUUAUUUUUAAUGCCUCAUAGAUACACAGAGCAGAGAAGAGUAUAGAUAUAUAUGAUAAUUAUAUAUAUAUGAUUCAGAGAUGACGACCUUUAUUAAGUGGUCACAGACAAGGACACAGAGAUAUAUGAAAGUUGUUGUUGAGUACAAAGAGGUGGAAAUAUUAUCUAUGAGUCCAGCCUAUGUGUUAGGAUUAUAGUGUAUUGUGAUUCAAGUUGACAGGUAAUAUAAGUGAUUUAUUUUCAUGGAUUGACAUUCAAGGGUUUGCUUUUCCUUCUUUGUCUUUGUUCCCAUAUGAACAUCCAUAAGUAUGUACAACCAUAAGGUGGCUGUGUCGCUGAUUGAAUUCACUUUUGUCAGGCCUGGAAAGAAACUUGCUAAGUCCUGCUAUUGAAGACAGAUAGCUUUCUGUGUCAUGGCUUUUUUACUCUGUAUGCCUGGACUAUAUACACUGAAAUCUGCUUAAUAAAUGCAACCUAAAUGAAUCACUGAUUUGCUUUGACCAGCACCCCUUGAUGUCUCUGUUAGACAAAACAUGCAUGUUUUCUCUAAGUCUUUAGGACGGAUUGCAUACAUUUGCUACAAUUAUUUAAACUGUACAUUGUACAAAAAUAUAUAUAUACAUACAUAUAUGAUGUACUACAUGUAAAUAUCGGGGAUGUGGCUGAGUUUAAUAACAGGGAAAAAGAAUGUUAUUCUUGUGCUACAGUGCAGUUGUUGACUGACAUGCAUUUAUGUACAGAAAAUAAAACGACCACAGUUUAAAACACUC